AUAUUCUUUUCAACAAUACUUCAAAUUUUUGCAACAGAGGAUUACUUAACUUGGUGGCAAUCUCUGUGUCUCUUUGUGUUUGUCUUAUGGGAGAGAUUGGUAAUUUGACUUCUCUGUUUAUUGUUAAACCCAACAAAGGAAACUUUUCAUGCAAUACAGAUACUGACUUCAGUGCUUCUGACAAAAGUUUUGAGUUUCUCUCAAUAAGGAAAAUUUGAGAAAUUAAUGUAUUAAGGGCCCCUUUUGUAUAGCUCUCUUCUUUAUUCCAUCUUGUCCAAUCCUUUCUUCACUUGAAUCAUGGUGUAUUGGUACUGCAUAGCUGUAAGCCAAGCUUAUAGGAUUUGAAGGCUAAAGAUAUUUUCUGCCCCCUGCUUCUCUGGGCCAGAAGCCAAGGAACAGGUCUGGGACAUGACAGCUGAAAUCAACUGUGUAUAAGCUUUGAUAGAUGAAAGGGCGUGUUUAGGACCACAAUGAACGAGCUUGAUUCAGAGAGAUCGACAUCGACGCAAUGGAACACGUAUACUAAUUUAGACCCCAGUCCAUCUCAGACAGGAGCUCCAUGGAAAAGCUUUGGGAAUUCCAUGAAUGCCAUUUCUUUUGGUUUCGUAGCGACGGCUAUCUUGAUAUCAAUGUUUCUUAUCAUGGCAAUCUUUGAACAUCUGUUCCGGCCAAACCCUUCUUUCUCUUCACCUCAGGAAGUGAGGAACACUUCUCCAGAAUCAGGAGUACCCCCACAGAAACUUGGGGAUCUACAAACAGCACCGACGUCUCAUGCAUCCGAUUUUUCAGUGGUGAUGCCAGGACAGCAAUAUCCAAGCUACAUUGCUCAACCUGCUCCUCUCCCUUGUCCGAGGGAAGGCAUUUGUCGGCCGUCCCAUGAACAUAAUAUUGUAGGUCUCUGUUGAGAGUGCAAUAGGUACAUAGUACAUAUUUAAGUAAUCAUAUAUAUAAGUACAGAGAAUGAAUUAGUCA